GUUACUAUUUUAAAUACAUCUAUAAAUUAUCAUGGAACCGUAUCACGUAAUAUCGCGGUUCGUAUCAAACAAGUCGAAGUUGGCGGUAUUCAGUAACUAAUUGCGAUAUUUCAUCUGUGAAUCUCGUAAAAAAUGCCAGAAAACGUGCUAAAUGGAGACCAUGUUGAUGUGAAAGGUGCUAACUGUGAAACUCAAAACAACGAAGAAGAUAAUAAUGAAGAAGAAUUACAGUUUGAACCAAUAGUUUCUUUACCAUUAAUAGAAGUAUCCACCAAUGAGGAAGAUGAAGUAGAAAUGAUAAAAAUGAGAGCAAAAUUGUAUCGCUAUGAUUCUUCUAGUAAUCCAGCAGAAUGGAAAGAACGUGGAACAGGGGAAGUAAAAUUAUUAAGGCAUAAAAUAAAAAACACAGUGAGAGUUGUAAUGCGUAGAGAUAAAACAUUUAAAAUUUGUGCUAAUCAUUUUGUAACACCUUGGAUGGAACUGAAGCCUAAUUGUGGGAGUGACAGAGCAUGGGUAUGGAGCGUACUCGCAGAUUAUGCAGAUGAACAACUUAAACCUGAACUUCUUGCAAUAAGAUUUGCAAAUGCAGAAAAUGCAACUGUUUGGAAGGAAGCAUUUGAAAAGGCAAAGAAGAUAGUAGGAUCUGAAUGUGAAAUAUAUGCUGGUAAAAAUAAUGCAGAUGAAAAACAUGUUGAGAGUGAUAGUGAACCUUCUAGUGAUGUAAGUUAUAGUGAAAGUACUGACAAUGAAGAACAAGCUAAAAAAUUGGCAACAGCAGAUUCAGAGGUUCAAAACAAUGAUACUGAAACAGUAGAAGAUUUUAGAAAGGAAACCAAAGAUGGAGAAAGCUUGGAUAAAGUAUCAAAAGAACUUGAACAAUUACAAGUUAAGGAUAUAGAGAAAGACAAGUAAAAAAUUACAUCUCAGUGCAUCAAAGGUGUUAAUUAUAAGUGCACAUUCCAACAUAAACGUAAAUGCAUGCAUAUGCUUAAAUGUUUGAUCGUUGUGUUAUUUAUGAAUUUUUAAUCAAUUUUACAUUACCAUUAAAUGAAUAUUAAAUUCAAUGAAAUUAAAAAGUUAAUAAAAUAGCAGUUUAAUUUCAAAUACUUGAGUUUAUUCGACUAUAAUCUUAUUAAAUUUAUUUUAAAUGCAUCUUAUGAUGUAUAAUACAGUCGUGUUUCUGUUUUGAUACAAAACUUGAAAUAAUUAACGUGACGACGUAACCAUUUAUGACUACGUUUCACUUACAAAAAUCUAAAAAUGUACUUUUUAAUUGUUCGGCUGCUUUUUAAAUAUUAUUAUAAAAUACUGGAAUGUUUAAAUUAAAAACUAAUGAUAUUUUCGCUCCAUGUAUUGUCGAUUUUAAAUUGCACGAAACGAGUUUGUAAAUUAUUACGAUUAAAACGAUUGACGAAUACUGAAUC